CUAAAGGUUUCAACGGCUGAAACCCUAGCCGCCUCUUGCAACCUUCUCUCUCUUUGUCAUCGAUAGCCAAAGAUGGAAAAGUUUCAGACGACCCUUGUUGCAGUCAAUGCUACCACGUUUCGGGGUAAGAGCAUUGCUCUUACCCUCUCUUAUAUAUUCCCACUGUUGAACCACCAAAUAAGCAGCUGCCAGCACCAGCACCAGCCAGUAGCCGCAUCAGCACCAGCAACCAUGCAAAUACAACACAGAGUAUCAACCCAAAACCACUCAAAGGUUGACAAUUGGCUUCAACUGCACAAGUGUGCAUCAAAUAUAAACAGGUGCACUCAUAAGAACAAAAGAAUUCUUGCGAUACCAGUUCCAGAGACGAAAGCAAAGGUCAGAGACAGAAUUGUGCAGGAUUUACAUGAUGAAAAGGUCUCAGGAAAGGGGUUGAGAAAAAGAAAUGUGAACCAUAGAGAUGCAAAAUCAGCUGAUAAGGAGAAUCAGUUGAGCUUAGAGUUAGAAGCAGAAGUUAAUGUGUCUCAUGCAAUUUUGAAGCAUUUUAUCGAUUAUGAGAAGUCAUAUCCUGCGUGUCCAGCUCGCAAUAUUACUAAAAUAACCAUAAAUGGAACAAAAGGUCAAGUACUCGAUUCAACAACUAAGGUUGGUGAAUGCAAAAGUUUUAGUGGACAUGCUGAUUUGAAUGAUCUGAAAUUGAUUAUGCCAGACGUUGCAUAUCAAGAAAGAUAUAAUAUCUCAGCAAUUCAAGUCAACAGCCUUAACAUAGGCCUGAUAGAGAGUCCCUCUAGCUCAAAGAAGAAACCAGCCUAUGAAGAAAUGCUUGAAAUGGAAGAAAGAUAAUUAAUUUGGGCUUGGAUAAUGAAUUUAGGCUUGGAUAUCUGUUGUGAUUCAUGGAAGUAAUGUAUUGAUAUAUAUUAUAUAUUGGUAUAAAAAAAUAUUAUAUUAAA